UAAAGGAAACAAUAUCACCUAAACGGUGAAUACAGUUAACGGUAGAAGACGGCCUUUGCCAAUCACGUGGCGAAGGAAACCCUAAUUAAUCAUCACUCCUUUGGUUGGUCAUCCUCUCGAAUUCGUAAUCCGCCAUGGACGCUCAAAGAGCUCUGCUCGACGAACUUAUGGGUGCUGGAAUUUGAUGGCAGCUCGUGAUCUGACGGACGAAGAGAGAAGAGGGUUCAAGGAGAUUAAGUGGGAUGAUAGAGAGGUGUGUGCAUUCUACAUGGUUCGAUUUUGUCCUCAUGACCUCUUCGUCAACACCAAAAGUGAUCUUGGAGCCUGCUCGAGAAUUCAUGAUCCAAAGUUGAAAGAGAGCUUCGAGAACUCUCCGAGGCAUGAUUCCUAUGUUCCCAAAUUCGAGGCUGAGCUUGUUCAGUUUUGCGAGAAGUUGGUUAAUGAUCUUGACAGGAAGGUAAGGCGUGGACGGGAACGUCUUGCGCAAGAGGUUGAACCUCCUCCACCGCCUACUCUAUCCUCAGAAAAAGCUCAACAGUUAUCUGUUUUGGAGGAGAAGAUUAAGAACCUUCUGGAACAAGUGGAAGCACUUGGCGAAGAUGGCAAAGUGGAUGAAGCUGAAGCGCUAAUGAGGAAGGUGGAAGCGCUUAAUGUUGAGAAGGCAGUGCUGUUACAACGUCCAAAUGACAAGGCACUAGCGAUGGUACAUGAGAAGAAGAUGGCACUGUGUGAGGUUUGUGGUUCAUUCCUUGUGGCUAAUGACGCUGUAGACAGGGCUCAGUCUCAUGUCACUGGGAAGCAACAUGUUGGCUAUGGCAUGGUCCGAGAUUUUCUUGCUGAACAAAAAACUGUUAAAGAUAAAGGGAAGGAAGAGGAAAGGCUAGGAAGAGGAAAAGAAAGUGAUGAUAAAAGGAAACCGAGGGAAAGCGAGAGUAGGAGGAGCGGUUCUAGGGAAAGAGAAAGACACCGUGAUCGGGAUCGAGACAGACAUAGAGACCGCGGUAGAGAUCAUAGAAAGCCGAAUGACAGGAGAUCCAGGAGUGGGAGAGAGGGUCGUGAUCGAAGCAGGUCACGUUCUCCUCAUGGAAGGUCUGGUCACAGAAGGGUCUCGAGAAGUCCCGUUCGCCAGUACUAGUUUGAGAUUAUCUGUUGUCUCUAUUUCUUUGGGGUCAGGAGCUUUGCAAACUGACAGAGGUAGAAUUGUGAGACCCCCCUUAGUUCCUAUUACCAUGUGUGUUUCGUUUGGAACUUGUUAAAACUAUUACAGAUGAAAAUUGUCUUUCUACCAGUCCACACAGCUAUUCUAAGAGUUUGAGACCUUGCCCAAUC